CCCUCCAACUUUGCACAGUCUGCGCACCCUGCCACGACGAGAUGGCUUCCUGUUCCUCAUCGCCACGGCCACCCACCAUCCCUCUCCUCCUCCUCCUCCUCUUCCUCCUCCUCCACUUCUCCUCCGUCCUCGCCGCACCAGCUCCUCCAGCCUUGUCACAACAGGCUGGUACCGGCGGCGGCAAUGCGACGGAUUCGGCGGCGGCGUGGACGCCGCGGCUGAGGAAGACGUUCUUGGACGGCGGCAUGGAGCGCUGGCGCGGGCGGCGGCUGGUGGGGCGGUUCCAGGUGUGCGCGGUGUGCACCUGCUGCGGGGGCCCGCACGGGAUGUGCAUCCCGGCGCCCUGCUGCUACGCCAUCAACUGCAACAUCCCCAACCGCCCCUUCGGCGUCUGCUCCUUCACCCCGCGCACCUGCAACUGCCUCACCUGCCACCUCUAGCUAGCGCUCGCCGCCCUGGAUCCAUGGUUUUGCUUGUCUAGCUGGUCGUGUCGUUUCGUUGUCGAUGGAAGGGAUAUUCGUGAUUCGUUCAUUUGGGGGACAGAUUCGACGAAGAGUUCAUCCUGCCCUAAAACUGCUUGUUUGUAGCCAUGACUCACAGUUAGUAGCAGUAUGGUGAUGGUUGGAUUAAUCCAGCUUUUUUUUUUCUGCACUUGCUUGGUGCUCUUCAACUUCAACUGUAGAUAUUAUCAAG